CUUGCGUACUGUAAUGUGUGCUUUUAACCAGGUGCGCCAACGCCUGGCCCCCUCAUAGAUGAAUUUAUUGACCGCCUGGCCCCCUCAUAGGUGAAUUUAUUGACCAGAAAGAAUCAUAUUCAUCUUCCCCAGGUGUCAGCUGAAAGGGUGCAGGCCAGGGAAAGGGGCGUGGCCGUGAGGGGGCGUGGCCAGAGGAGGGCCAGGGCGGAGUCGCCGGAAGCAGGGGCGGAGGCCCAGGAAGUGACGGCCCCCAGCUGGGAUUCGUGGAAGUCCCCGACGGCUGCUCUGCCCCGCGGUCUCGGCGUUCCCCUACCCUGGGUGAUGGAGAACGGAUCGGUCUACGGUCCCACUACGGAGGCGAACCCGGGCUCUGCCAGGGGGGCCCGGCGUGGCUUCGCCGCGUACUGCUACCUCGGACGGCUGCAGUUGCCUCAACGCGUGUUGAAACUCCUGCAGCUGUUUCUGUCUCUGCUGGCAUUUAUAUGUGAAGAAGUGGUAUCACACUGUACUUUGUGUGGAGGACUUUACUUUUUUGAAUUUGUAAGCUGCAGUGCCUUUCUUCUGAGUCUGCUUAUACUGAUUGUGUACUGCACGCCAAUUUAUGAUAAAGUUGAUGCUUACAAAGUAAAGUCAUCGGAUUUUUAUAUUACCUUGGGAACAGGAUGUGUGUUUUUAUUGGCAUCCAUUAUUUUUGUUUCCACACACGACAAGACCUCAGCUGAAUAUGCUGCAAUUGUGUUUGGAUUUAUGGCAAGUUUUUUGUUCCUGGCUGACUUUGCCUAUAUGUGGUAUAAAAAGCGACAGGAUGCACAGCAGACAAAGAAUGAGACUAACAAUAAGAAUCUCACGGAGCCACUCAAUACCUAAAGACUUAAGAGAACAAGUUUUACUUAA